AUGACACAAGAGUCGCUUAAUGACUUGAACACAUUCGUAGGAACGUUCAGUGAAUCCCUCUCAUUAUUAGACGCGCUAAAAAUACCAGACACUGGGUCUUUUAUUUUAUUUUCUAUAGCUUUUCGAUGUCUACCUGUUUCUACCCGCAAAUUAUUUGAGGCGAAUAGUUCAACCGAUUACCCGUCGAUAGGACAAUUAUUAGACUUUCUCCGGUCCCGAGUGGCCAUUCUCGAAGUCGUGGGCGAAUCUCACAAGAGUAGUCAUAAUAAUGCGUCGUUCAAGUCGACAGGUCAGUUCCGAACGGGGGGAGAGUACACAGGAAAGCCUCGGUUGACGUCUUUAGUCACAUCCCGAUCAAAUAGUACGUGUCCAUGCUGUGCGGGUUCGCACGCACUAACAUCGUGUUCGCGGUUCAAAAAUUGGGGUCCCGACGAGCGCUCUCGAUGGACGCUCGAGAAGAAAUUAUGCUUUAAUUGCUUUAGUGACGAACAUUGGGCUCCCGAGUGUAAUGUUAAAUCGAGUUGUCAGAACUGCACACGUAAACACCAUUCGCUCCUUCAUCAUACGUCGUCCAGUAGAGAUCGCGAUGUUCGAAACGAGUCGCCGGCCGCCGAAGCGUCGUUAUGUGCGUCCGUGCCGCGUCCCCUGCCACAUAAGGCGUCGUCUAUAAUUUUAGGUACCGCGCUGGUGCAUAUGCGCGAUCGUUCCGGGUCGUGGCAAACAAUGCGCGCAUUGAUAGAUUGCGCGUCGCAGAUAAGCGCCGUUACAAUUGCGUGUGCCGAUCGGUUAGGCCUUAAGCGUUCCCGUUGGACAGCCCCGAUAACCGGUCUAUCUGGGGUUCCCGUAGUAAAUGUCCAAGGUCGCGUUGAGUGUAACGUACAGCCGCGGUUUGCGUCCGAACCUGUGCUCUCUAUAAAUGCGUGGGUUUUGCCCGCCAUAACGAGUGACUUACCCUGA